GGCUAUUUGUCGUUGUUAGCAACCCUCCUGAUGCUCAAGCCAAUAGACGACAGCACUCCUUGAGGGUUAUCGCCAUCAUCCUUCUCUCUCUCUCUCUCUCUCUCUCUCUCUCUCUCUCUCUCUCUCUCUCUCUCUCUCUCUCUCUCUCUCUCUCUCUCUCUCUCUCUUGUGUGUAAGGGCCGUUGGGUGUGAUCUCGGCCUCUGGUUGUGUGUAUCCUUGUGCGAACAACAUCAGCGAUCUCCGGGACGAGUAGGCGGCAGCAAUGCAGGCGGCGUUCAGCAUGAUAGACACCGACAACGACGGGUUCAUCUCCAAGAAGGAGCUCAACGACUUCAUGCUAAAAGUGGGCAUGGAAAGAAGUGAUGAAGAAAUCCAAGGUCUCAUCAAAGACCUCGAUACCGAUGACAAUGGCCAGAUUGAUUUCGCUGAGUUCUCUAAACUCAUGUUUUUCAAGCACGGAGAUGCGGACAGCAAAGAAAAAUUUCUUCGACAGCUUUUCAACCAGCUCGAUCGUGAUGGGAGCGGAUUUCUGUCCGUCGACGAGCUUCAGCACGUGUUGGCAAAGGUCGGGCAGCCGAAUCCGGAGGACCAUGCGAUCAAGAUGAUCGUGGACGCCGAUGUGAAUGACGACAACCUUAUCUCGUUCGACGAAUUUAAGAGGAUGAUGUUGGAUGAUUAUGAUGAUGAUUAUGAUGAUGAUGAUGAUGAUGACGAUGAUGAUGGGAAUUACAUUGAUAGCGAUAAUCAUAAUUAUAACAAUAAUUAUAGUUAUAUCGAUAAUAAUAAUUAUAACUAUGAUUACAAUUAUAGUUAACAUAAUGUAAACGCGUGAGUGAUUCACACAGAGCGAGCGAGAGAGAGAGAGAGAGAGAGAGAGAGAGAGAGAGAGAGAGAGAGAGAGAGAGAGAGAGAGAGAGAGAGAGAGGGUUGUUUUGAAGUCAGCGCCAUUUGACGUGUACGUCUUUGGAAAGCGACGGUCGGGACACUGGAUCCGCCGUUAGGCGUUUCUGCGAGAGAUGACGGGCAUCGUACAGGUGUCGUGUUGGAGACAGGACAUGUUUUCCUAUUCAGGCAAUGCUAUUGUGGUCGAUCAG